AUGCAGGAUCUAAUUCUGGCGCAAGUCGCCAAUCUGGGUGUUGCCAACAAUGUCUCCUGUGGUGCCGCCGCAAUCGCCGGCCUGUUAUCACACUGGCUCUACUUCAUCCGCGGACAGAGAAGCAUGAAAACCUUCGGUAUUGUUACCUUUCACGCAAUAGCCUUAUCGUUGCUGUUCUUCAAAGCCGUGUCGACUCAGGGGCUUUAUCAAGGAUUUGUAUCCUACGCAGCGAUAUCCGGAUCAUACUUCACCGCGUUGUAUGCCAGCGUUGGGAUAUAUCGGCUCUUCCUCCACCCACUUCGUCGUUUUCCCGGUCCCUUUGCGGCAAGAAUCGCAAAACCGUACAUCGCGUGGUUGAAUCGAGAUUGGAAAUUGCAUGACAGGUAUUUGGAGAUGCAUAUGAAGUAUGGCGACUUUGUCCGUGUUGGACCGAACGACAUCUCCAUAGUGAAUCUGGACGCAUUCAGUAAACUCCACGGUCCACAGGCGAAAGCCACGAAACGAAACACCGGAUUCUACGAUGCUCUGAUUGCCAAAGGCGAACUGAAUCUGGACGCGAUUUCGGACAACGAGAUGCAUCGAGACCGACGCAGGGUCUGGGACCAAGCACUGGGAACCAAGGCCCUGGAAAGAUACGAGGAAGAGACUCGAUCGGUUCUGCGGACAUUCCUAGGCCGCAUUGAAGAGCUCGAAGGAAAGCCAGUGAACACCUCACUCUACGCUAAGCUGAUCCCCUUCGACAACAUGGGCCGUGUGGCUUUUAGCCGCGACUUCGGGACCGUGAAGGAAGGUCGGGAGGACCGCAUGCUGGACAUCAUCGAGACGACGUUCAAGCUGGCUGCGCGAAUGGGCCAGACGCCAUGGCCGCUGGUCUUCCUCGGGUCUCUUCCUCGUUUUGGCCUGCAGAGAGAAUUUGAAGAUCUCGGGGUACGGUUCGUUGACGAAAGAAUUGCAAGCGACACGGAACAGAGCCAUGAUAUGAUGAAAUACUUCCUCGAUGACAGCAGGUCGGAAAAGCCCAAGACCUUUCACAACCUCAACAUCAUAUACGCCGACUCUCACGCGGUCCUCAUAGGUGCUACAGACACAAUCUCCUGCGCCUUGGGUUACUCCUUCUAUUUCCUUGCAAGAGAUGCCGAACUCCGGCAGCGCCUUUACGAAGAGAUUGCGCCUACUCAUGGCAAAACUCUACCCGGAGAGUUUGCUGCAGCCGACUUGGCCAAACUUGAGUUUCUUGAGGCUUUUAUUAACGAGACGCUCCGGAUGCAUACCUCGGCACCGCUUAACGGCCCGAGAAUCGCACCAGACGAAGGUGUCGAGGUAGACGGGACCUACAUCCCCGGUGGUGUCACGCUAGUGACCCCGUUGCAUAUAUAUCACAGGAGCCCGAAAUAUUGGAAGCAGCCCAACGACUUCAUUCCCGAGCGGUGGACUACUCGGCCUGACCUGAUCCUUGACCGCAGAGCAUUCGUGCCGUUUCAUUAUGGACGGUUUGACUGCGUUGGAAAGCGGCUAGCCAUGAAUGUCGUCAGAAUGACGAUCGCCUACACGCUCUGGAACUAUGACUUUGGAUUCGCUCCGGGUGAAGAUGGAAGCAGCCUCGAUGGGGAAGCCAAGUUUCAGUUGAUUGUCAAGCCUGGGAGACUGAACUGUGUUUUCAAGAAGCGAACGGAGGCCGGGGUCUAA